GGCGUGAGACACAGACACACAGGCUGGUAGCCGAGGACCUCGCGUACAUGCGCGCGCGCGUGUGUAUGUAUGUGUGUGCGCAUGUGUGUAUGUGUGUAAACCGGGACUUUUGGAGGGACUUCUGGAGGGACUUCAUUAUCAGACCAAGACAAAGAGUCGCGUUCGAGACGUCCUGAGGCACACUGUAACGGAAAGUUGAAACUUUUCGGCGCCGCUAUAGCUCGCGCUGCCGCGCCGGUCCCCGGCUUUGUCUCUACACAGCGGAGCGCGACGCUACAUGCGGGAGUGAAAACCGACAUCCGCUCGAGAUUUUAAUCACCAGAGGGGAAGCGGUCGCUGCGCGUUCGCUGGGAGGAGAGAGAGAGAGAGAAAGAGUGAGAGAGAGAGAGAAUGGCGGCCAAUAUGUACCGCGUCGGAGAUUACGUGUACUUCGAGAACUCGUCCAGUAAUCCUUACCUGAUCCGUCGAAUAGAAGAACUCAACAAGACGGCCAAUGGAAACGUAGAAGCCAAGGUCGUGUGUCUCUUCAGGAGGAGAGAUAUAUCUAGCAAUCUCAACACUUUGGCUGACAGCAAUGCCAGAGACUUUGAGGAGGAGUCCAAGCAGCCACUAAUCACUGAUCAACAGAAACACCAGCUUAAACACAGAGAACUGUUCCUGUCCCGACAGUUUGAGUCUCUUCCUGCCACACACAUACGAGGGAAAUGUAACGUCACACUCCUGAACGAGACGGAUGUUUUAACAGGCUAUCUAGAGAGAGAGGACUGUUUCUUCUACUCGUUGGUGUUUGACCCGGUUCAGAAAACCCUGCUGGCUGACCAGGGCGAGAUCAGGGUGGGCUCCAAAUAUCAAGCUGAGAUUCCUGACAAAUUGGCAGAAGGGGACUCGGACAAUCGAGUACAAGAGAAACUGGAAACGAAGGUAUGGGAUCCAGAUAACCAGCUGAAGGACUCUCAGAUAGAUCAGUUCCUGGUGGUGGCCCGGGCUGUGGGGACUUUUGCCCGUGCCUUAGACUGCAGCAGCUCCAUCCGCCAACCAAGUCUGCACAUGAGUGCAGCAGCUGCGUCCAGAGACAUCACCCUGUUCCAUGCCAUGGACACACUGCAGAAGAACAGUUAUGACUUGGCCAAGGCCAUGUCCACACUGGUGCCGCAGGGCGGCCCUGUGCUCUGCCGUGACGAGAUGGAAGAGUGGAGCGCCUCAGAAGCCAUGUUAUUCGAGGAAGCACUGGAGAAAUACGGAAAGGACUUCAAUGACAUUCGCCAGGACUUUUUGCCUUGGAAGUCAUUAGCCAGCGUUGUUCAGUUCUAUUACAUGUGGAAGACCACAGACCGUUAUAUCCAGCAGAAAAGACUGAAGGCUGCAGAAGCAGAUAGUAAACUGAAACAGGUUUACAUCCCCACCUACACCAAGCCCAAUCCUAACCAGAUUAUGGCUCCUGGUAACAAACCCGGGAUGAACGGAGCUGCAGGCUUUCAAAAAGGCCUGUGCUGCGAGAGCUGCCAUACUGCUCAGUCUCCUCAGUGGUAUGCUUGGGGUCCUCCUAACAUGCAGUGUCGACUUUGCGCCUCCUGCUGGAUUUACUGGAAGAAAUAUGGUGGGUUGAAGACACCCACUCAGUUAGAGGGCGCUACAAGAGCUGGCUCGGACGCACCCUCACGUAGUCACAUGACUCGUCAGGAAGUGCAGGGCAUGUCCCCGUUCACCAAUAGCGCCGGUAGAGCCAAGCUUUUGGCAAAAAAUCGGCAAACGUUUAUUCUGCAGACCACCAAGCUGACCCGCAUCGCUCGUCGGGUGUGCCAGGACAUCCUGCAGUCACGUCGUGCUGCCCGCCGCCCUUACGCAUCAAUCAACGCCAAUGCCGUCAAAGCAGAGUGUAUGAUCAGACUCCCUAAAGUGGCAAAAAGUGCUAUAAAGAACCGCCCUGUUCCACGACCAUCUCUCGUUAACAUAGUCAAAGAAUUGGCUGUCCAGGCUCCCCUUAAACUCAAAGCUCCUAGAGGUGCUCCCACCCCAAUCAACCGUAACCAGGCCAACCAACCCCGCAGUGCAACUGCCCUGCUUGGCAAGAGACCCUUCGAAAGUGGGGUAGGCCAUUCGUUCUCCACCAACGGGAGGCCCUUUAUGAGCGGCAUGAGGACGACCGCCCAAUCCGUCAUAAAGCGCCAGAGAGUCAGUCAGGCAGAUGCCCCAAAUCCUGUAGUCUUUGUGGCUACUAAAGAAACCAGGGCCCUGAGGAAACACCUUUCUCAGGGUGAGAUGAGACGAGCAGCUAGGAAACCCAACAUCCCUGUCAGAGUGAAACUUCCUCUGCCACCACGGCCAAUUCCUGUCCCCGUUCUGCCCUCCAGCACCAGCGAGCCAAUCGUGCUGGAGGACUAAUGACAUUUCUUUUAGGCUGCAUCACCUCAAAUCUCCCUAUCUUUAUGCCCUCCUUUCUUCCCCCCCCCCCUCUUUAUUCCCCACAAAAAAAGAAACCUGUGUGCUGUCUUCCCCUCUCAUUUAUCAUAAGAAAUAUCCUUUCAUUUUUUUGCUUGUCCAUAUCUAUUUUCUAUCAUUUCUUAUUCAAUUUUUUCAUAUGGUCAUUCAACCUGUGAGCUUUAUAAAGAAACCGAGGAGCUUAUGCCCCACAUAAUCACACAGCAGCACACAUCAAGCUUUCAUCAUGGACUUCGUAGUGUUUUAUUCCUAUAGUAUUGCACAGACACACACCUUCCUCCCCUUCCUUAUCUUUUUUUUUAAAUGCCGAAUAUUUUUAACUGUGUAAUUUAAAUCUGAUAAUGCGCAACAUGAAAUGAUGGUGAUAAAGCACACUUUAUUUUUGUCCUCCAGGUCUAUCUUUAUUUGUGUAAAUAUUAACAUUUUUCAGGAGUGAUAUCUUUAAUGCUGGUGUGGUAAGGGGGUGGGUUUUUUUUUGGGAGGGGGGGGUCUGGCAUGUCUCUUAUUUGUUCUUUCUCUUUGUUUAUACAAAUUCAGUAUGUAAGUGCUCCUUUUCUUCACACUUUAGUCAAUCUAAUGGUUGGAAAGCUGUAGUGUUUCUUUUAGUGGCUUUGUUCUAUUUACCCCAGUCUCGAAGUGUCCCAUUUGAUUAAUCCUUAAACGAGCUCAAGUAGACCACAGGGCACAGGAUGGCAUCGGGGUCAGCUCUACUCCACGUGACCUGGAUCGGUGGAUUGAAGUUCAGGACGGCUUUUAUUUAUGGCCCUCUUCUCCUCUCUUGUGUUUUUCUUGUUCAAUAUGUGAUUUCUCAUUUCUCUGCAAUAAGAAAUAAUGACAAAAAACCCACAUUUGAUGUACACUGAUGUGUUGUAGGCAUCUAUUUGAAAUGUUUUCUAGGUGCAAACGGUGACAGGAUGCUGAAGGCCCCUAUAAAGGUUAAAGGUGUUAGAAUGAAGUGGUGGGAGGGAGCUGGGUGGGCUGAGGCUGGUCAGAGAAACCCUGUGGCAGCUUCUGGUUUUUCAGGGUUUUUUGUUAUGGGUUUUUUUUUUUUUUUUUUUUUAAAUAGCUUUUCUUACCAGUAAAUGGUUGGUCUCAAUCAGUUCAGCCUCUGCCUCAUUUUUGGUCUUUUAUUUCUUGCCCAUUGUAUCAAUGAAAUAAUAAACAAAGCCAUACAGUUUUACGUUUUCAGUUAUGUGUUUGCCAAGAGGGUCAGGACUUGAUGUAAUCCAGUGGCUUACUUACAAAAUGGCGCUGGCUGGAAGGUAACAUAGUGACUAGAUAAUGUAGUUAGGAAAAUGAGAGAGAAAGGACAUUUUCUUUGCCUAUGAUGUACGAUUGGGUUCUUAGUAAUGGCUCUAAUAGGUUGUAGACUGCUUUGAUAUUGAAUCAUGUCCUCAUUUAUGGCUUCAUUUGUGCUUCUUAAUGAAUGAAUGAGUGGAUGACUCUCAUUCGCUGGGUGAUUUGUCAACCACUGAAUGAGCUCUACACAAUAUUCUCUUGUACAUUGUUUUUUUUUUCUCCCUAGUGUUGGGGUUUUUGUAAGAUUUCUUAAACUGAGCGUGCACUGCACACUAAAAUUUAAAAUAAACGUUGACCUGUC